GCGGGGAGGGGGCGGGGCCGGUGGGCUGGGCUUCCCCGGGGGAGGGCCCCGCGCUCCGGGAGGCAGCGGCACCGGCCGGAGCAGGAGCAGGACUCGGGCCCGGCAGCCUCGGCGGACCCCCCCCCGGCCCCAGCCGCCACCCCCCGAGCGCAGGGACACGAUUAGGAAGGAGAAGACACGGGAGCUUGGAGUGGCAGCCCCCCCAAGGCCCUUGGCUGCCAUCUUGAGGCCUAGCUGCCUGGGAAUCCGCCACCAUUCCGUGCUGUGGUGACUCGAUGGCUCCGGAGGACGAUGCGGGUGGGGAGAUCCCUGGCGGCAGUUUCUGGGAGGUGAGGGACCCCGUGGCCCUGCCAGCGGGGACUUUGAGAGGAGCGUUUGUGUCUAGUCAAAAAGAAAAGGUCUUUCCACUUUCUCUAGGCUGGGAAUAUAAACGGACCGUCCAGCGUGUGGAAGACGGCCACCGGCUCUGUGGGGACCUCGUCAACUGUUUUCAGGAGCGAGCCCGGAUUGAGACCUAUGCCCAGCAGCUGGCUGACUGGGCCCGGAAGUGGAGAGGGGCUGUGGAGAAGGGCCCCCAGUACGGUACUCUGGAGAAGGCCUGGCACGCCUUCCUAACCGCAGCGGAGCGACUGAGCGCCUUGCACCUGGAGGUACGGGAUAAGCUACAUGGGGAGGACAGUGAGCGGGUUCGAGCCUGGCAGCGGGAAGCCUUCCAUCGGCCUGUCUUGGGAGGCUUCCGAGAGAGUCGAGCCGCAGAGGAUGGCUUCCGAAAAGCCCAGAAGCCCUGGGUGAAGAGGCUGAAGGAGGUAGAGGCUUCCAAGAAGAGUUACCACUCAGCGCGGAAGGAGGAGAAGACGGCGCAGACCCGGGAGAGCCACGCACGGGCCGAUAACGCCGUGUCCCAGGACCAGCUGCGGAAGCUACAGGAGCGGGUGGAGCGCUGUGGCAAGGAGGCGGAGAAGACAAAAGCCCAGUAUGAGCAGACAUUGGGAGAGCUUCACCGCUAUACUCCUCGGUACAUGGAGGACAUGGAGCAGGUGUUUGAAGGCUGCCAGACGGCGGAACGGCAGCGUCUUCUCUUCUUCAAAGACAUGCUGCUCACCUUCCACCAGCAUCUCGACCUCUCUGGCAACGACAGGUUCCAGCAACUCCACAGCGACCUGCACCAGGGCAUCAUGGCUGCCAACGAUGAGGAAGACCUGCGCUGGUGGCGGAGCACUCACGGGCCCGGCAUGGCCAUGAACUGGCCGCAGUUUGAGGAGUGGUCUUUGGACACUCAGCGGACAAUCAGCCGGAAGGAGAAGGGCAGUCGAAACCCGGAUGAGGUGACAUUGACCAGCAUUGUGCCCACCAGGGAUGGCUCUGUGCCCCCCCCACAGUCACCAGGAAGUGCAGGGAAUGGGCAGGACGAGGAGUGGUCAGAUGACGAGAGUCCCCGGAAGGGGGCCAUGGGGGUCCGGGUACGGGCGCUAUAUGAUUACUCCGGCCAGGAAGCUGAUGAGCUGAGUUUCAGAGCAGGUGAGGAGCUGCUGAAGAUGAGUGAAGAAGGACAGGGCUGGUGCCAGGGCCAGCUUAGAGCCGGGCGCAUUGGCCUUUACCCCGCCAACUAUGUGGAGUGUGUGGGGCCUGACGGCACUGUGCCAUCCUUACCCUCUGUCCACCCUGGGCCAGAGCUCAGCCACCCCCUCCUCUCCCACCAUGGCCAACUCGCUCCAAGUAGUCAUCUUUCUCCUGCAUCAGGCAAGCUGCAAGUCCUGGUGGAAGGGAGGGUGUUCUUGGACUUGGGGCAGGGAAGCUGCCUGGGGAGUGGUGAGACUACUGGAGGGAAGGCAGGACACCUGCCAGGCCCAGCGAGAGCUUCUGUGCCUCCCCCCUGCCCCUUGCAGCUGAGCUGAGAUGCCCCUGGACCCAGGGUUCUCUGUGCCAAGGGUGUGUAGGUAGUUCCGGUCUAGUGGCCUUCCUUCCCUUGAACUAUGGUUUGUUCCUAAUGUGCAUUAAACCUGAGAAACCACA